UGAACAACUUCCCUCUCCUUACCACCUCCACUCAGAAAACGACGAACCAACCUCCCCAAGCACAUCCUUAAACCGCCACAGACUGUCACCAUGGCACCCCAAGAUACCUUUAUCGACGAGGAGGAAGAUACCUGCCCGUUAUGUAUCGAAGAAUUCGACCUGUCCGAUCGGAACUUCCGACCCUGCCCAUGCGGCUACCAGGUGUGCCAGUUCUGCUUCAACAACAUCAAGAACAACAUGAACGGCCUGUGUCCCGCAUGCAGAAGACCGUACGAUGAAAAGACGAUACAGUGGAAGGUCGUCACUACGGAAGAGGUUGCCGAGUUUCGAGCAAAUAUCCAGAAGAACCAGAAAAAGCGAGCUCAAGACCAGAAGCAAAAAGAGGUUCAGAAGCGCGAGGUCGAGAAGGAGAGCCGCAAGAACCUCGUUGGCGUCCGGGUCGUCCAGAAGAACCUGGUUUAUGUGACCGGUCUGACACCUACAGUGCGAGAGGACGAACUACUCAAGACGCUGCGCAAGCCCGAAUUUUUCGGUCAGUACGGCAACAUUCAAAAGAUCUCAAUCAGCAAUCGGAAGACCUCGGACGGCCAAAACUCGCUCGGAAUUUACGUGACUUUCGAGAAGAAGGAAGAUGCUCAACGGUGCAUCCAGGCGGUCAACGGCUCUCAAAACGGCGAUCGAGUGCUGAGGGCUCAACUCGGCACCACCAAGUACUGUUCGGCCUGGCUGCGGCACGAGCAGUGCGCCAACAGGCAGUGCAUGUUCUUGCACGAGUUGGGCGACGAAGAGGACAGCUACACUCGACAGGACCUGUCUUCGAUGAACAGCAUCAGCUCGCAGCGGCCGCUCCCCGCUGGCUCCUCGUCCAACAGCGGCGGUGGCCCGUCACGAACUGCGUCACGGCAGCAGAAUAUUACGCCCUCGGCGCCUCCGGCUUCGCAACCCAUGGCACGAUCAUCGAGCAAGGACGGGUCGGAGAAUGGCGGCGAUGGCCCGGCUCUGCCAGCGUCGGCCAACUGGGCGAGAAAUCCUCAGCGGAGUCGCAGAGGAAGCCACGCCACCAGUGGCGCCGCCUCUAGCCCUGCAAUCUCGACCGCCCUCCCCGUAACCACCGAGGCAGUGCCCGAAGAGGCUAUUGAUGAGGCGCCUUCGAGAAAGGAAUCCCCCGCACCUGCGACCGAGAGCAGUGCCUCAAAGUCCACCACCACAGCUGACAGCAGAAAAUCCAACAGUCUCCCGGAUAACCUCCUCAAGGGAAUUCUCAAGGCCAUGCAGGGUUGUCCUUUCAGCUAUCACGCCUCCGACACGAACCAGCUCGAGACGAUUUACCCCCCCAUGUUCGACACCCGCGGAGGCGAGAAGAGACGAGCCAUGCGCGAGGAGGAAGAGUCACGCCUGGGCGUCGAACAAGAGCAGCCGAGCGAUGCACAAGAACCUUCAGAAGGCGAACCGGAGACGGGAGGCAGCCUGGCCCUUGGGGGCGAGCCCGAAGACCGAGACGCCGCUCGCGAAGCCGCAUUCGAACAACGUCGACCCGGAACACAGCCGCCUAUUCAGCGCACCAACGGCGAAGGCCUCUUUGGCCCCGCACUCGGCUCAGGGUUCAGUCAGGCGUCCGUGUCUGCCAGCUCCGUCGGCGGCAGCCGCUCGAUGACACCUCAGCAGCAACUCUUCGUCCGAUCCCAGAGCGGCUUCGGCGAUCAUCUGCCUCCGGGCAUCGCAACUGCGCAGCCUUCGGCGGUUCAGCAACAAGGUGGCGGCCACAACAGACAAGGAUCGAGGUUCAGCUUUGCUAAUGACAGCGCGGGCACUUCAGCUUCGGUCAAGGUCUCCGCGAACCCGAGAAUCAUGGCGCAGCAGACGGCCAUGAUGCCAUCCGCCUUCCACUCGCAGCCCGGCAGCCAGUAUUAUGCAUCCUCCAUGCCCGGACCUCCUCCGGGUCUCAAGUCGACAGGCACGCCACCAAACAUGUUUGGACAGGGCCACUCGUUCGGUGGCAGCUUCGGCGCGGCGUCCAAGGAUUCCGCCGAGCUUCUUCAGACGCUGAUUCGAGGCCGGGGGGCCAAUGGACAGGGUCAUGAUGCUGGUAAGCGUGAGUACAUGUUAUCUUCUUUCUCUAAUCAGUACCCAUCCUCUACCUCCUCCACCCCAGCUCCUGCUUCGGGCCUCCUGGCGUCGCUCUACGGUAACCAGCCUGGAGCAUUCCAAGACUUCGGUCCCAAGCAGAAGAAGAAGGGGAAGAAGCACAGACAUGCUAACACUUCCUCCUCUGGGGGAGGUGGCCUAGUUGAUCUUGCGGACCCGAGCAUCCUGCAAGCGAGAAUGCAACACCAGUCGCAGAGCAACGCCGGAGUCGGACAGGGACUGUUCGGUGGACAGAGCCAAGGUGGGUACAACCCGAACAUGAUGUACAACACACGUUUCCCAGGCGCCGGAUGGUAGCCCUUUUCGAGAGACAACGCAGUAGAUUAGGGGUGUUUGGUGUUGGUUGUUUACGGGAUUUUGUUUUCCACGCACGCACGCACGCACGCACGCACGCAAACACACAUACACACACACACACACACACACACACACACACACUUCAUGUAUCAUGAGAAGGGAGGGGGCGGGGAGGCGUCGCGGCAUAUCACAGGCGGACGAUCGUUCCUCGAAGGGACCGGGAGCGCACCGCACAACAUCAUGCAUUGAUUCAGCGAGCAUCGCGGAAAACAUCGGGGCCGCUCGGGGAGUGGCAAGGGUUGCAUUUGGCGUCGCGCUUCACACGUUUCUUCUGGGCAAACAAGGACCAACACCUACACUCGUCCCGACAUUAUACCUCUUUUUCUUUUGGACUCGCACGUCAUGGUUUAUGGGUCACGUCAGUCAGGCAAGCCAUCAUCGUCUUCCAAACCGCCUUAAUGUACGUUAACUCCCAGACCCGUCCUCCGGUUAUGAGGAUGGGGGGGUGGCAUAAGGAACAAUAAAGCAUCUUGCUCAUACUUAU